CUCUCGAAGGAACAUGAAUCUCAAGGCACUGAUCCUGCUGUCGGUGGUGGCGGCAGCUGCUGCUUCAUCAUCCAGCCACGUGAGAAUCAGUCUGGGGAAUGGUGGCAGCAUCCAGUACAGCAACGGCCAUGGGACGUCUCAACCUGCUGCUUCCUACCACCCAACAACACCCGCUCCUUCAUACAAACCUACGCCAGCCCCAUCAUACACACCAGCCCCGUCUUACACACCUGCCCCGUCUUAUACGCCUGCCCCGUCUUAUACACCUGCCCCAACCUAUCGCCCAAAGCCAGUCUACAACCCCGCCCCAACAUAUCGCCCUGCCCCAUCCUACCGCCCCGCCCCAUCCUACCACCCCUCCCCAUCCUACCACCCCGCCCCGUCCUACAAGCACCCCGAGCCUGCCGUGCCCGCCUGUGCUGACCUGACCAACUCUACCUGGUGCCUCGAGGACGAGGAGUAUCCAGAGUACGAGAUCAAGCACGCCAUCCAGUACCACUUGGACAAGUUCAACUCCCUGUACGCCGACGUGGCCGAACUUGACACGGAACUCUCUGUAGAGCGUCCCAACACCCUGGAAGAGGAGACUUACCUCUGUCCCUCAGAGACCUCCUACAUCCGCCCCCUCCGUGCCCAGAACACCGACGGCAAGUGGCGCGUCAUCGUCAACAACAUUAAUGUCCACUACAAGACCUUCACUCAGACCACCCGCGUAGAGGAGUGUCUCACUGCUGGUGAAGACUGUCCCAAAGUGCCUGUAUGUUACGAGUCCAAGUGCCUGCAGAAGUCCAUCUACCACCGCUUCCUCGUCUACGACUACUAUGAUCAGUACUUCCCCUUCGCCAUUGAAUCUUUCAAGCUGCCCGCCAGCUGUGCCUGUCUACUGGGCGCCUACACUAUCGACCACUAAAUGUUUUAAAAUACGAGAGAUAUAUUAUCCGUAUUUAAUCUUAGUAAAUAACGAAUGUGACUGUUUUAUACAUGGAAAAAUUCAUAUCAUAACUCGUGUUCUGUGAUACUCAUUUGUCCCUGUGUGUGCAGCAUGUCGGCGGUUCGUGAAGAAAGCAGUUCUCUAGUCAUCCAACAUCUCUCGCAUCUGCACUCAUAGUUUUUUAUAAAAUAUAAUAAAUUUAUAUAUGCAUUUGA